AUGUCCCCCUCCAUCACUCUCCACCACCUCGACGUCUCUCGCUCAAACAGGAUCUUCUGGGCCCUCGAAGAGCUCGAGCUCCCCUACAACGUCCAAGUCCACUACCGCCUCCCCACCCGCUCCGCCCCUCCCUCCCUCAAACAGAUCUCCCCCCUCGGCCGCGCCCCCGCCCUCACUAUCGACGGCAAGCUCUACACCGAAUCAUCCUUCAUCGUCCACUCUCUCCUCGCUCUCCCUGACGUCCGAGUGCGGGCGAAGAAGGGAGAAGUGCAGGUGCAGGUGGAAGAGACGGAGGGCGAUGUGUUUUGGAGUCAUUUCGCAGAGGGGAGUCAGAUGAAUUUGUUUCAGGCGUCGGCUACUGUUGGAGCCACGUCGGCUGGGUGGCUUAAGGGAGCGCCUGGAGUGCCCGAGCUGAGUGAGGAGGCCAAGAAGGGUAUCCAGCAGUACACUGGGUGGUUGCAGGAAGCAUAUCUCAAACCCAACAUCCAGUCCACCAUCGACUUUGCCGAGAAUGCUCUUGCUAAACAAGACGCCCCCUUCUUCUCCGGCACCGACAAGCCCGGCGAAGGCGACUUCUUGAUGUUCUUUGCCAUCGACUCUCUCCUCCAAGGUACCCGCAAAGACGCUGGAUUUACCGUUGGCCCGAACCUCAAAAAGUGGCAUGAGACUGUGCUUGCGAGGCCUGCGGCGCAGAGGGGGUUGAAGAGGCAGGCGGAGGAGGAGGAGAAGCAGAGGGGCAAGGCCAAGAUCUAA